UUGAAUGAUUGAACUUUCUUGUGUAGUUUCUGCGCCGCGGAGGUGUCUUCCCUCAGCUCAGCCCGGCACUAGUCCGGCAAGCGGGAGCUUAGCCCGGCGCCUGCUGUCCCCUGCGGCGCCCGGUUGCCCCUCUGCCGUCCUCUCCCGCAGAGCGAUGGUGUGGAGGGUGCCCGGCGCGUCGCUCGCCCUGCUCCUCUGGGUAACAGCUGCCUGCGGCAGCUCCGCUGGGCCGGGGGCUGGUGUCGCCACUGCUGCUGCCCGCAAGCAGGACGAGGCUUUUUCCACUGCCAGAUGCACUGCCAGGUGCCUGAGCCUCCAGAUAACCCGCAUCUCCGCCUUCUUCAAGCAUUUCCAGAACAAUGGCUCACUUGCUUGGUGCCAGAAUCAUAAACAGUGUUCAAAGUGCCUGGAGCCCUGCAAAGAGUCCUGGGACCUGAAGAAAAACCAUUGUCAAAGCUUCUGUGAGCCUCUCUUCCCCAAGAAGAAUUAUGAAUGCCUAACUAGUUGUGAAUUCCUGAAGUACAUCCUAUCUGUGAAGCAAGGGGACUGCCCAGCACCUGAGAAGGCCAGUGGUUUUGCUGCUGCCUGUGUUGAAAGCUGUGAAUCUGACAGUGAAUGUUCUGGGGUGAAGAAAUGCUGCUCCAAUGGUUGUGGUCAUACAUGCCAAGUGCCAAAAAACCUGUACAAAGGUGUUCCAUUGAAACCCCGAAAAGAACUAAAAUUCAUAGAACAUCACUCUGGGGACUUGGAGGUGAAGUGGUCUUCAAAGUUCAAUAUUUCCAUUGAGCCUGUCAUCUAUGUUAUUCAAAGGAGGUGGAAUCAGGGAAUUCAUCCAAGUGAAGAUGAUGCUACUAACUGGCAAACUGUGGCACAGACUACAGACGAGAGGGUUCGGCUGCCUGACAUUCGAGCGAGCAGGUGGUACCAGUUCCGUGUGGCAGCUGUGAACGUGCACGGGACGAGAGGCUUCACGGCACCCAGCAAGCACUUCCGAUCCUCUAAAGAUCCAUCUGCUCCACCAGCUCCUUCCAAUAUCAGAAUUGCCAAUAUCAGUGCAAACAAUGAUGGGAGUGUAAAUGUAAUGAUUGCUUGGGACCUUCCUGAAGAGCCUGAUAUCCCAGUGCAUCACUACAAAGUCUUCUGGAGCUGGACAUAUAGCAAAUAUGCAAUCCCAGCUAAAAAAAAGAGAAGAAAGAUUACUGAUGGGGCCCAAAAUUAUGUCAUCCUGGAGGGACUCCAGCCCAACAGCAACUACAAUGUAGAACUGCAGGCGGUAACACGUUGGGGUCAAAUACGCCUGAAGAGUGCUAAGGUUUCUCUCCAUUUCAGCACAACUCAAGACACCAGGAAUAAUAAGGAACAGUCAUCUUCAGCUGGGAAGCCCCAGAAAGGACUGCUUGAUCCUUACUCAACAUUUCAGAGAAGAAAAACCACUCGUUUUCUUAAAAUUGGAACUCCUUUCUAUCAGGACAAUCAACUUCAGGUCAAAGUCUACUGGAAGAAGACAGAUAUCAGCAUGAAUCAGUUCCAGGUCCACUGGUUACUGGAAUCCUGUGCACACAAUGAUACCAAAGGACUUAGGAAAGUAACUGAGCUGACUUAUGAAAACUACAUGAUUCUGAAGGACUUGGCAUUCUCAUGCAAAUAUAAAGUGACUGUUUUGCCUGCAAAAUCUAAAGGUCGAUUUAAGGCUGAGAGUACUUUCUUUGUUACCCCACCUUGUUCUAUGUUUAAAGAAAAAAACCACAAGCACAUUAAUUGUCCUGCUGAAGGAGUGCCAGUUCUACCCAAAGUGUUGGCCAAACCCGAGAACCUAUCUGCGUCUUUCAUUGUUCAGGAAGGGAACAUCACUGGUCAUUUUUCUUGGAAGAUAUCUCAGGCUGACAUUCACCAGCCCAUGACGGGGUUUCAAGUCACUUGGGCAGAAGUAACCACAGAAAGCCGGCAGAACAGCUUACCCAACAGCAUCAUUUCGCAGUCACAGAUACUGCCAGCGGAUCAUUAUGUACUUACUGUGCCAAAUCUGAGGCCAUCAAUGCUGUACCGCUUGGAAGUUCAGGUGCUGACAACUGGUGGGGAAGGGCCAGCUACAAUAAAGUCAUUCAGAACACCUGACCUUCCUCCAUUUUCACCCCACAGACCUCAUCUGAAGCAACAUCAUCCACAUCACUACAAGCCACUCCCAGAGAAAUACUAGACUGUUUUAGAUGGUUACACAAAUAACUGAGAGAAAAACUGAGCUCACAAAUGAGGACUGAGAAAAGGCACAUCUGCAGCAGCAGUGAAGCCAGUUUUCCAGUGGAAGUUACCAUCUUGUAAGAUCUGUAUCUACUUCUCUAUAGUUUAGCCACGAAGAAUUGUAUUUGCACCAAGACCAGGGUGAAAUAUACAGCAAAUAUCAUUUGAUUACCACCACAAACUGAAGAUCACAUCCAGCCCAAGGCCUGUGAGAAACCCAGAAGUGUGUUUGUUACGAUGUUUUUGUAUUUAUGUGCUUACAAUAGAUUAAAAUGGUGCAAUGUAUGGCUUUUUCUCUUUGUGACUUCAAUGUUAAUAUUUGCAAGGUUGUCCUGUGAUGUAGACAUGCUUUUGAACACUGAAGGCCAUGUUCUCAUCAGUGUGUUUAAAUAAUGUAUUUUACUUAAAGCUCUGUCUGUCAACAGUUUACUCUCUAGUGUACUUUUCAGCUAAAGAUCUCAACAUGUCUGAAAUAAGGACAUAAGUAAAAGAAAUAUUGGUAGCAGAAGCUCUAAAAUAGUCUAUUUUACAUAACUGCAGUAGCACCUCACAAGAAGGAUGCAUUUAUGUCAUGCAGCUGUUCUGAAAUAUUAACAUUUUAGCAUAUGAAUCUUCUAAUAAUGUAGUUAAUAGCUAAAAAAAAACCCAUACAGGGUAGAUGAAGCAUUGUAGAGAGACAAAUGGCAUUUGAUAGAUUUGUUGAAAAUUAAUGGUAAUCAAUAAAAUGAAUUGAUAGAUUCUGGAGGAAUUACUUAAAAUUCUGCUUUGAAUUGUUUUUGAUAUGUUAUAUUUCAGGGUAUGUUGGAAAGGAACAUCAAUUUUCUAGUUGAAAAUCUUAAUGCAUUAGCAUUUCAGAAACUGAAAUUCUGAGCCACAUUCAUUAUUCGAGUAGCUGCAGAGCUACGUUUUGGCUUUGGAUUUUGAUGCAUGUCUUUCUUUUCCCUGUGGAUCUUUGGAACAGAAGGAUGGAUGGAUAUGCUCUGUUCUGCUUACAGAAAGAAUUAUGUGACAGUCUUCUGGCAUCUGGAAAACAUUGGCUUAUAGUUUAUUUGAAUGCAUUUUUCAAAUUUAGACAGAAGGGUGCCCUUUUUAGCCAUAAGGGAAUUAAUAUUGCCUUAUUGUGCAAUAUGAACUGUCUAGAAUAAUUUGCCACACAGUGAGACGUACCUUGACAGUAAACAGAAACUGCUUGGAUUUAUUAUGGAGAGAGUGGAAAGUAUCUGCCAAUAAAUGUCCACACAAAUACUCAUAAUCAGCUUUUAAUGUUCAAAUGUCCCAAGUGCUGCUGGGUUCUUUGGCCCUGCUUCCAAUGCUCCCUGAGUCAUUGUAUAAAGUUAACAUACCUUAAGCACUCAGGAGACAAACUUAACAAAGUGGCCACUUUUUCUACCAGCAGAUGCUACAGACUCUCCUAUGCUUCAUACCUGUCUGAGUUAUUCAAUGAGAGGAGCUCAGGCACUAGUGGCAGAUAUAUUUUCCUUCUCUUGAUGACAUUCGGUUUUGUGGAAAAGCAAAGACAAAAAUAUGUACCUGAAACUGAGGAUCAGAGUUAUGUUUAUUACAGUAGAGCAUUCACAAAAUAUCCAAAUACACUUUCCCUGUACUGACAUAUAAAGCUUUUUGAUUUGGAUGGGUUGAUGCCACGGGACAAAGGAAACUGAGUUAUUUGCUCAUCAUCCAAUUUUCCUACAUUUCUGCCUUCAAUUUUAAUGGUCUCUCUCUUUUCUUUUUUUUCCCCUGUUCUCUUUCUACUUUGCCAGUUGUCAUUUUUCAUAUUCUCAGUGACCAAAAACUUUUCCAGAUAUUGUUUUUCAUUUCCACAUGGCCUUUAAUGGUAGUUUGAAAAGUAUUCGAGGCUAUGGCGCUUUUCGUUCCUUCUUCUCUUGUUCUGCCAUCUCCCUUUCUCCGGUAUUCAUUAGUGAACAAACAGAUGAACCCUUUGUCAAAUCUGUGGUUUAAAGGUUUCUUUUCAGUUUUGGCAGAGGACCAGAGACUGGGAGAUUUCUGCUAGGGUGGAAAUAUGUAGUGCAUACAAUUUACAAUUUGAAUCGAACCAAUGUGCAGCACUUCUUCAACGCUUAGAUUGCGCAGGGCCGAGAUGAGACUAGAAGUGAUCUCUGUGGUGUUUGCUGAGCGCAGGAGUCAGUGGGAUCAGGGAAAGUGAUCACCUCAGGCCUCUCUGAAAGAUCCUGCCCAAGCUUUCAAUCACAGCAUAUUUUAAUUACGCUGCAGCAAAUCUGCAGUGACUUGGAUAAUGUUAAUGAAAUUAUGUCUCGUUCACAGUGAAAUGGUAAAGCAUAGAACAUGGAUGUCAGACUUUAUUACAGUGAUGCCAAAUCUGGCUUGAAGAUAAACUGGAAGUUAGCAGCCCUGAGUGAUCAUAGCCUUAGUCUUUGGUGCCGAAGGGAAGCCUUAUUCUUCUGACAUUAAUCAAAGUGGUUACCAUUUGCUGAUGCCAGCCUCUUUGAAGCAUUCAACUUUUAAAAGUAAUGAUGUACUUUUGAAGAACACAGAGGGGGUCUCCCUUUUGAAGUAGAAAUGCAUAUUUUAAAAAGAUGAUAAAAUAGAAUUGUAUUAAACAAGAGUAUUGUAUAGAGUCCACUAAGAUGUAAAUUAUUGUUUUCCUUCUACAAAUCAGCUUAGCAGCUCACCCUUCAAGUAAUCUUCCAAACCAAAAAUGAAAAAUACAAGGUCAAUAAAGCUCAUGCAUGGAUUUUAAAUCCUCAGCUAGGAGUGACAUCCUAAUUAUUCUUUGGAUUUAGCAGUGCAGAUUUGAAGUUGUCAGUGUCUAAGUUGUAAAGCCUUGUUUGCUGAAUCAUACAGGGUAUUGUUAUCAUUUACUAAGCUAAAAUCACACCAAGUAUUUAAUUCAGCAAUAGAGUUGUAAUUUGCUACUUGAUUCACUAGUUAAAGAUUUAUUUUCUCUAAUGAUGUUGUGUAAUAGAGAGUUGAUAUAGCUAAUGGGAUGUUUUUAGAUAGUCUGCACCUUUCCAUUAAUGUAUUAUUUGCUCUCUGUGGGUCCGAUGGAUUUGUCAGUUGACUUCAGGACGCAUUUUGUUUAACUGUUUCUUAAAGGAGAGUUAUAAGAUUAUGCCAUUUUUGCUAGCUGCUUUGUGAAGUGGAUUGGGUUUUUUUGGUCACUGGUGUUUUUUGUUCAAGAGAGAAUGGUUUGUUCUUGUCAUAUCUUUUUUUUUUUUCUUUGGAUCACUUUUAAAUUGUUUAUAGGGCAGGAGAAAUUCAAAUAAGACAGAGCUUUUGCUGUGUCAUCUGUGUCUGUUAUUUUGAGUCAUCAUUAAGAAUAUAUCACACAGACAAUAAGAAGCUGACUUAAAAAAUGCUGAACAUCCUCAGUGGCUUCAGAAAGUGCCGAGGACAUGAUGUUAACCUUUACAAUUGUUUGGCCUGGUCACACAAAAAGAAUUGCUCUUUUCUAAUGACAAUGCAAAUUCUACCACUUGUACUAUCAGAAACAUUAAUAGUAGCCUGCAACACUUUCACCUCUGUGCUCCCCACUAGAGCCUUGCAGAGUUUUGGAUAAGCAGGCCCUGAUGCAGAAAGGUAUGCAGAAGAGGAAACCUCAGUCUGCACAACGAAGUCAGUAAGAUGGAAGUAAACCUGUGCAGUUAAGGAUGAGCUUUAGUGAUGCCUCAAAACCUGGAUGUCAAAAUUCACUUGAAUACCAUCUUAAAUCAGGACCUUAUAGAAGAAAAUGUAGGAUCCAGGUAGUUCUGAACUCUGUGUGCAACAUCAUAUAUAUAUUUUUUUGUUAAUUUUGUCUUGUGCAUAUGUAAAUGUAGUUGUGAUAUUGACUUAUUUAUUAAUUCCUUUUCUUACACUAUGUGCCAAGUAUAUUCCUGCCCUUUUGAUCAAUACCUGUGAACAUCGAUUACUAAAAGAUAAUGUGAUGCGAACUUGUGCAUUGUAACCAGGAAUAUGAUGCUAAUAAAGCUGUUGCAUGUAGUAUUAAAUAACUAAACAAAAAUCCUUUAUUUAAAAACUGUAAAUGAAUACCUGCAUAUGUUGCUUAUAUAUGGUUUUGCAUGCCAAAACUCAUUGUUCAGUUGUGGGCAUGAAAUGUAACAACUGUAUUACCUCUACUGAAUAUAUUGGUAAGGUACAAUUUACAAAGUCAUUAACAGAACUCUCUAUGUAAUUUCCCCCUCCCUUUUUUUUUUUUUUACUUAAUUAUAUUGUAGUGGAGGUAACAGAACUGUCUCUGUUGCUCAAAUUUGCUGUAGAAAUUAUAUUCCUAUAACACUCAUUUCAAGUCAAUAUUUAUUUAUGUAUGUAAUACAAAAAGAUUGGUCCUAUGUGUUUGUCCUGUUAUUUAGAGAGGGAAAAAAAAAAUACACUUCUUGUAAAAAUGAUUUGUAAAGGAAUGUAAAUAGAGUCUGAUUUCUUUUGCUCACUAUUUUCAUGUUUGGAAUUUGUACAUACUGAUUAGGUAAUAAACUACUCUACAUUGAAAUCUU